AUGAGCUCCCACCGCAGCGAGAGCGACUGGCAGGGGCUGGUGAGCGAGUACCUGGUGUGUAAGAGGAAGCUCGAAAGUAAAAAGGAGGCACUGCUAAUCCUUUCCAAAGAGCUGGACACCUGUCAACAAGAGAGAGACCAGUACAAGCUUAUGGCCAACCAGCUGCGGGAGCGACACCAGUCUCUGAAAAAGAAGUAUCGGGAGCUGAUUGACGGGGACCCAUCCCUUCCUCCUGAAAAGAGAAAACAGGCAAAUCUUGCUCAACUACUGAGUGAGGCUCAAGAUCGAAACAAACAACUUGGAGAAGAGAUCAGAGAGCUUCAACAGAGACUGGGGGAAGUACAAGGGGACAAUAAGCUCCUUCGAAUGACAAUAGCAAAGCAAAGGCUUGGAGAUGAUGAAGUUGGAGCUCGACACUUUGCAGCACAUGAACGGGAGGACCUUGUUCGACAACUGGAGCAGGCUCGAGAGCAGAUCGAAGCUCUGAGAUACGAUCUUCAGGCUGCCCUGGAUGAGUUACAGGAUGUGAAAGAGGAACGGUCCUUUUACCAAGAUAAGUCUGACAGACUAAACCAGGAACUUAAUCAUGUCUUAGGAGGGCAUGAAAACCGCAUCAUCGACGUAGAUGCUCUGUGUAUGGAGAACAGGUAUCUUCAAGAGAGAUUAAAACAACUUCAAGAGGAAGUCAACCUUCUCAAGUCUAAUAUUGCUAAAUAUAAGAAUGCACUAGAGAGACGAAAAAAUUCCAAGAGUCAUGGUAGAUCCAGUAGCAGUGCUCUGACUGGAGUCCUGUCUGCAAAGCAAGUCCAAGAAUUGCUGUCGGAGGAUCAUGGAUGUAGCCUACCAGCCACACCACAGUCCAUUUCAGAUCUCAAAUCACUGGCCACUGCAUUGCUGGAAACUAUCCAUGAAAAAAACAUGGUCAUACAACACCAAAGGCAAACCAACAAAAUUCUAGGUAAUCGUGUGGCAGAACUAGAAAAGAAAUUAAGGACUUUGGAAAUUGCUGGCUUGUGGAGUCUUCCAGGCCUGAGCUACAAUGUCUCAGUGGGAUUUGGGAGUGGAAAGGAUACCAUAACAUUCAGUGACCCAGCCUUGCCUGUUAUACAGCGGUCCAGGUCACCCUUGUCAGCACUUACUGAUAAGCCACAGAAAACUGAAGUACAAGCAGAACAGAAGGAAGAACGUGAUGAAACUUGUGCUGUUGCAAGUGAGUCCUUAGCUCCAGAGGGAACAAACUUAAAUAACAGAAACCAAAAUAAACAUUUUUAUCCUUCAUUACCUCAGCUACCUUCCAAAGAAGAGGAAGUAAACAAGCUUGGAAGUCAGAUAAUUAAGCUGACAGCACAGGCAGUUUCAGAACUGGAAGGGAAAAGAGCAGGAACUUCUGCAGGGGAGCAGGACUCAGUGCUUGGAGCAGAGCUUAAUGGCUCAUCUGAGGGAGAGUUCCCACUUUCCAGCCCUGACCCAUCCGACCCCACAGAUCCCUCAAACUCAGAGAAUGAACAAACAGCUGAAACUGAGGCCCUGAAAGACAGCAAUGAAACCUCAGAGAGUGACUGCGAGAUCCCAAAUGAGAGAGGUGGGCAGAGUCGCAGCACAGUGGAGGUGCUGCAUGCCGAGGACCUUGGAAGGCAUGCAGAGCUCGGUGGUACAACUGCACACACAAAUAACAGCUCUCAGGAGCUCCCUGAGCCUGGAAACAAGAAACCAGCUGAUCCUGCCAAAAACUGUGAAUAUUUGGAUAGCAGUUUGGCUUGA